AAAAAUAAAAUUUUAUCGAGUUAUAUCUCAAUUUAAAAAAAAAAAUCUAUGUAAACGCAGUUCUCAACAAUCCUCAGAAGGUUGUAAGCCUUUACGAUUUUGUAAAGUGUAAUGGAGACGAGUUUUUCCAUUACACUAUUAUCUUCCUGUUACAGUAUGCUGCCUAAAUAGUUGUGACAUAAAAUCUAACUUUAGAUCCCCUGAACAAUCUUCAGGGGUUCUAUUACUCAGGCUUACACAUUUACUGUACACACAAUGCAACACACGGUUUUCUGCUCCAACUACUAUCACAUGAGAAGACUGGAGCUCUAAGGGGAGUUUAAUUAGGUUAUUGGAGGUUUUGGUUGUUGAGGAGGAAAGAGAAUAAGCCUCCCUCCUCCCUCCUCCUCCUGCUUCUCCAGAGUGGAUUUAUAAAUGAGAAACCCUCCAGUUGUUCUCAAAGAGCACUCCAAUCAAGUACUGACGUCUCACGUCAGAUAACAGGUCAGUGCUCAGAGGACGCAGCAGACACGCCUGAUGAUGCUGGCUUUCAUUAAAGCCAAUCCGGAACUCUCUACCUGUUAGAUAGGACUAAUAAUCUACAAUUUUGCUUCGACUCAGCUGUUGCUCACAGCCGUUUUCUCUGUUAUUUAAAAAAAAAAAAAAAAAAAAAAAAAAAAUCAGAUUUUUGAUCCUACCUGGCUCUACUGAGAUCUGCCUACUACAGGAAGGUUUGCCCCUCUCUGCUGCCAUGACUGGCCUCCCUGUGGUGUGGCUGUGCUUGCUGCUCAGCCUCCUGCCUCUGGAGAUCCAGUCCCGGGCUCUGAGAGCCCACAGACACAGGUUAGGUGAACCCAGAAUCUAUAAAGCGUCUUACCCCAACUCUCCACCAGGUGUGUCUGAUCUUUCUGCUGCCAUCAGUAAUCAAAUCCCACAGGAAGAUACACAACACAGUGGGAGGACCCCACUGCACAGCGACCCAUCAUCAAAGUUGCCUGACAUGCUUCUUCAUGGAAACAAUAACGUGCUGCGGGUGGAACCGGUGUGGCAGCGGGGUUCACGGGGUCGUCGCCAUGCCAACAGUGGAAGUUCAAGGGCCCACGCUCAUCUGAUGAGGGUGGGGUGCGUUCUUGGCACCUGUCAGGUGCAGAACCUCAGCCACCGACUCUACCAGCUAAUUGGACAGAACGGCAGGGAGGACUUCUCCCCCAUCAACCCCCGCAGCCCCCACAGCUACGGCUAGCAGCACACCAAUCAGAGAAAAAGAUCACAUUUACAAUUUCAUGAUGGGAACGAUUGCUGUCAAAUCAUUACUUUUCAUAGGACCACGGAUGGAAAACUUGACAUUGAUGUUUACCCUAUGCAUUUAGGUUUUUUUUAUAGUUGUAGCAGUAAUUUUCAAUGACUUUUUAUAGCACUGUUCUCAUCGAGGAAUUUCUUUAGAUCUGUGAAUGUUACAGCAUUUAUAAAGAAAAAAAAUGCUGUGUGAGAGUUAGAUGUCAAACAAACAAAGGGUAAAUAUGGCCUAAGAACUAAAUCUGUUAAUUGCUAAAAUGUUCCUGAGAGAAAAAGAGCCAACUGGUGAUGUGUCACAUAAGCUUUGUGAUUUUUCUUUCUUAAUGAUGAGGGGAAGUGACAGAAAAUCAUUGAUGACGUAGGAAAUCACAGCUUCCUAUAAUUUUAGGAUUUUGUAGCUAAAGAAAGGAGAAAUUGGAGAGGCAAUGCCUGAUCCAACCAGAAGUGUCCAGUCUUGAUUCAAAGACUUGGAGGCACUCACAGUUUAUUGUUCCUUUUAUAAUAAAUUGUGUUUUUCAUGAGAAGUUGAGACAAAUUCAUGGUAUCUAAAUCAGCCAUGGUAUGCGAUGGCCAAUCAAGACUCGUCCAUGCAGGUGUUCCAAUCAGGACUUUUUGUGAUACCAAUCAGUCAUUUGGGAUUAAGCAUUUGCAGACACCAAAUCCCAACCCCCACUCUGCAAGAGAGGUUUAAUGACAAAACUCUAAUUUAAGUUAGGGUGUUUGGUCAAAACACAGUAAACCAGAACAGUUUUAAUAGUUUAAUAAAACUAAUAUUACAGAGAUUGUAUUCAAAUUGAACACUUCUACUUUCAGAGCAGAACUCCUGUCCCCUCAAAAAACUUAACAUGAUGGAAAAGAUAUUCUCCAAAAUCAAAGAUUUGCAAACGUUUGUUUUUUGUUGUUUACAAUGAGUUAAGAGUCUUAUCUUAUAAUUCAGCAUGACGCCCAAUUGACAAAGUAUGGUUCCAAUUUUAGUAAUGCAUGAAAUAUAAAACAGUAAUAAUCAUUCAUUAUUUUAUGAAUUCAUAUAUAUUUAGUUUGUUUCAAAGCUUAAGGUAAUCCAAUGACAUUUAUCUGUUAGUUGAACUGUGAUAAAUACAGAUUUCCCAGAACUGAUCAUAUAUUCCUAAUUAUUAACAGUAUUUGGAACAGAAAACAGUAGGAACGUACAUUAUAAUCAAUUAGAUGAUAAAACUUGCCUUAUCUUAAUGUUCAUUUAGAGUAAAUACUACAAAUAAGAAAAUAUAAAUACUACAAUCGUCUGGGUUUUUCACCAAGUUUAACAAACAUUUUGUCAGCAGACUAUUUUGUCAAACUUAGCUGUCUGCCUAACAUCAGCUUUCAGCAUCAAUGUUGUUCCUGCUGUCUGAACUUGAGUGAGCUCAGUGCUAAUCUCCAAAAAGCACUUUAAUCUCCAUGUGCAAACAAGCAGCUUUAGCAGCGAGGACAACCUCUGGCCACACUGACCCCUCAAAACGCUCACAACUCAAUCAACUAAAAUGAACGCUGCAAAUCCAGGAUCUUUCUGCAGAUUUCUUAGCAGAGACUGAAGGUUGUCUUAACUUUCAGUACUAACAGAGGACAGUGGCUGUAUCAAAGUACUGACUGGAAACUGGAACAGAGUGGGAUUUAGUCUUUUUUGUAAAAGUUAUUUCCAGGCUUUUAAAAUAAGCCUAAAUGGGAUUACUGCCAUUGAGGUCUCUUUUCGUCCCUUCUGUUUCUGUGUAGGAGUUCAGUCACUUUAGUUUUGACUCAGUUUUGCUCUAAACUGUAAUAGAACAACAUGAAAGCACUUUGUAAGCAUGGCUUGAAUUUUAAAAGCAUGUCUUUAUUUCUAUGUCAAUAAACUACUGAACUAAUUCCUCAAGUGUCCUUUUUUGAGAGCCACUUUUGCUCAAUUUUGCAUUUUGCAGAGCUGUUCAAUCGGUCAUUCUAAAACAGAAAAAAUGUGGCAGAACUUCAAACCUACCUAUCCCUGUUCACCUAAAUUGAUGACUCACUUGAGGUCAAUCAGCAAAGUAGUCAAGAGUGGUCUUAUAACUUUGGAGUAGCUGCAUAGGGGAAUUAUUACACAUGCGCUUCUGGUCUUUAAGGAAGGACUAUGUGUUUUAUUAUUUAAAGAAUUUACAACUAAUUUCCAUAUGCAGUUUGCUUCAAUCUAUGUAGCAAGAGCAGAACUUUUUGACCUACACAUGAAAUGCUAUGUGAGACUAAAGUGUAACACUGCACGUCACCCUGGAGACAGCACUGCCCAGGAAACACAGAGAUGGAAGCAUGAUACUGUGGGGAUGCUCUUCAAAUGAACUUCUCUGACCAACUGAGAAGUUGGUUACUGUUGAUGGCCAACAGAGCAAUUCUAGAAGAAAACCUGUUAGAGGUUACAAAAAGACCCUUCAGCAUAGCACCAAAUCUUAACACACAAUCAGAGCAUAAAUGGAAAAUUUUGAAUAAAUUAUUUAUCAUUUGCAAGACAAUAAAGUGAGGAAUUCUGUUACCUCACAGAAACUUUCCAGGUCCAUCUGUCUGCAUGGAAACGUUCUUCUCUCUGGGUCUAGAGUAUGAAUGUGUGAGUGUGUCGGCGUGAGUUUGUGUGUGUGUGUGUUGGCCUUGUGUUGGAGUGGUGACCUGUCCUCAGUGCACCCUAUC